UUCUACUUUGUUUUGGAAAGAACAGUCGCAACUCCCACCAUCUCCACACUUCAGCUUCUUUCUACUCUCACUUUUCCUAUGCAGUCCUCCAGCUACAGCUCCAAUUUUCGACCAUAUGGCCCACAUGAGAACUCCUCACCGUCCUAUAGUGGCACACAUCAAGGUAUCUCAGAUGAGGAUACGAUCACCACCAUCGAGACCAAUCUUCCUAAAAGGCGGGCUGGACGGAUGAAAUUCCGUGAGACACGACAUCCCGUCUACAAAGGUGUCCGGCAGAGGAAUGGAGGGAAGUGGGUGUGCGAGAUGCGGGAACCGUACAAGAAGACGCGGAUAUGGCUUGGGACUUUCCCGACAGUUGAGAUGGCUGCACGUGCCCAUGAUGUGGCCGCCAUGGCCCUUAGAGGCCGAUCAGCUUGUCUCAAUUUCGCCGACUCUGCAUGGCUUCUUCCUGUUCCCGCUUCUGGCAGUGUUAAAGACAUUCAGAAAACUGCGGCUGAGGCUGCCGAAGCAUUCCGUCCUUCGCAAUCUCCCACCGAAGCAUUCGGUCCUUCGAAAUCUGUAAUCAGUGGAAGGAAUGAUUCUGCAGACCCGGUGAAGUGUGUAAAUCUUUCGCAACCGGAGAAUGUGUUCUACAUGGACGAGGAGGCCAUUUUCGACAUGCCAGGAUUGCUUGUCAGCAUGGCAGAAGGGCUGAUGCUUUCUCCACCUCAAUGUGUGCCAUGGGAUGAUGGGGAAGCAGAUACUGACUUGCCGCUAUGGAGCUACUCUAUUUGAUCCAGAAGGGAGUAGAUAUUGAUCAGAAGGGGUGGGACCCACCCCUUUA